GGAUUACCUUGUCUCCGGGAGGGGAUUUUCCGAUUGAAUAAACGGCCUUCGCACGUCGACCCUCGGGCCUCGGCGUCGCGGCGCUGCGCUGUGGCUCGAAGUUGUGCCGCCUGUGGACUCGGGGCAUCUUCUGGGGAAACCUUUGCCGGAGUCCGUCCGUCUGCCCCAUGCAUGAAGGUUGUGAUCGACACUGGUCCCGUUCUUGUCUUGCACAUUCCAGCCUACAACACCACAGCACCACAGCCGUUCCAUACGCUGCCUCCUCUGGUGCCAGAUUGUGUGAACCUUACAGACAUCACGAAAAUGGGUGCACCACUCUAUUUUGUCGUCGCUCGUGUCGUGAGCAGAGAAGGAGCUCUAGAGAAGUGGCGAGAUAGGUUGGCAGGUCUAUGCAAAGUGUCAAAGACGGAACCCUAUUCGAAUUCUUAUUACUGGGGCCACGACCUUGAUGGUGAACCAGACACUCUAUGGGGUCUAGAGGGCUAUUACCAUCCCGUUGGCUUCUUCAUGAACCACGUCUCAAGCGACAUCUUCAAGGAGGAAAUGCGCAAGGUCGACGAAGACAAGCUACUACGGACUGUCCAGGGAAUUGGCAGUCCUGACUACGACCUCCAUCAUUACGACUUCUUCAGCGGGUUUCUCACACGAAAGGAUGAUCAGGACCGAGAUGCACAGGAUAGUUUUGUGACUGUCGUGCACUUUUGGGCCUCUGAAGGCAGACGCAAGCAAUUGCUGGGAAUUCUCGCUGAUGCCGCCGACAAGAUCAAAUCGGCGGAAAUGGUACAGAGUUUUGCCGUCCUCAAAGAAGUGAAUGACUUCCACCUGGCGACUAUAUAUAUCAGGUCUCGGUCACAGGAGGCGUGGGAAAGGUUUGAAACGUCAGAAAUCUACCGUGACCUUGUGGCGGACGCCAAACCGAUCACGACGAAAACAGAGACGCACUGGUCUCAGGCAUUCAUAGGCCACAUUGACCAGGAUGCGCCUUCGGGCAACCCAUAAUGGGUCGAAAAUCGAAGUAGGCCAGCAAUCUUUACAUAGCUUAAAAAGUCCUAGAUAGGAUAUAUGGUAAAACCCUCUCAUUCAGCACUUUCAUCCAG